CAGCCGGAAGUGACGCGACGUGCGCUGCGGAGCGAGCGUGUGACAGCGUUUGAGUCAAUAAGACGAAUAUCGCCCGUAAUUAAAGGCAGAACUGGGACUAUUUCCUCCGCGACAACAACCGUCUCUCCGCAGGUUCCACGGCAGCUUCCCUUGGCUCACGCCGUGUUUACCCUCUCCCUGCUCGGCCAACGGUCCCUGGCGCGACAGACGAAGCCUUCGUUGUUUGCCCCGGGAGCCUCGGCUGCGCUGCGGACUGGAAGCGGGUGGAAGACGGUUGACGGACGCCCCCGAGCGAGCAGCCUCCCCCCGUCCUAAGGCGAGUUUGAUUGCGUCAUGCCGCUGUUCGGUAAAUCCCACAAGAGUCCGGCGGACAUCGUCAGGACCCUGAGGGAAAACCUGGCCAUCCUGAUCAAACAGAAAGGAAAAACAGACAAGGCGUCGGAGGAGGUGAACAAGUGCUUGGUGUCCAUGAAGGAGAUCCUGUGCGGGAUCAACGACAAGGAGCCUCACACUGAGACCGUGGCCCAGCUCGCCCAGGAGCUGUACAACAGUGGCCUGCUGAUAUCGCUGGUGGAGAACCUGCAGGUCAUCGACUUUGAGAGGAAGAAGGACGUGUGUCAGAUCUUCAACAACAUCCUGAGGAGGCAGAUCGGGACGAGGAGCCCCACAGUCGAAUACCUCUGCUCCCAUCAAGAGGUCCUCUUUACUCUUCUGAAAGGGUACGAUACAGCCCAGGUAGCACUGAACUGUGGGAUCAUGCUGCGGGAGUGCAUCCGCCACGAGCCGCUCGCCAAGAUCAUCCUCCACUCCGAGGAUUUCCACAGUUUCUUCACCUACGUGGAGAUGUCCCCCUUCGACAUCGCCUCCGACGCCUUCGCCACCUUCAAGGAUCUCCUGACAAGACACAAAGUGCUUGUGGCCGAGUUCCUCGAACAGAACUACGAUGCUGUGUUUGUAAAUUAUGAGAAGCUGCUGCUCUCUGAGAACUACGUCACCAAGAGGCAGUCACUAAAGCUUCUGGGCGAGCUGUUGCUGGACAGGAAAAACUUCUCUGUGAUGACGCGCUACAUCAGCAAACCGGAGAAUCUCAAGCUGAUGAUGAAUCUGCUCAGAGACAAGAGUUCCAACAUCCAGUUUGAGGCCUUCCACGUGUUUAAGGUUUUCGUAGCCAAUCCCAACAAGACGCAGCCCAUCAUCGACAUCCUGCUCAAGAACCAGACCAAGCUCAUCGACUUCCUGAGCAACUUCCAGAAGGACCGCUCCGACGACGAGCUGUUCAACAACGAGAAGACGUACAUAAUCAAACAGAUCCGGGAUCUGAAGAAGGCGACCUCCUAGAGAAUUGACCCCCCUUCCCCUCGCCCCCCUCAACUUUUUAUCAAUAGGAAGACUUAGAAAAAAACCACAUUAACAAUAAUCAUUAUUUUAUUUAAAAAGAAAAAAAUCUUCAAGACGUUAUUUGUCUUUUUUCUGUUUGUUGGUUCAUAAAAAACGUGUGCAAGAGUAGUUCUCAAUCACUGAUUUUUAUUUUAAAUCUUUUUUUUUUGUCAUCUGUAGCAUGUAGUGCCACAGCUUGUGGUGUCGGAGGCAGCUGAUUCGCUUGUUGGGAGAACCAGCGAUUCAUAAAUAAGGCUUUGGACAGAAUGGUCGAGCAGCUUCCGAACAAGCAGGCGUGACCGUUUAUUUCUUUUUCUUUUAAUCGCCUGUCGCUGCACCCGAGCUCCUCGCUCAACUGUUCAAAUGAAGUAGUAGCAAAUCAGAAGGAUAAUGAAGACUUUCUACUUUUGUUAUUUUCUUUUAAGCUGGGUCAACGUUUCUGGUCAGGAUUCCCCAGAGUGAAACACAUUCUCAUUAACCCCUUAAAGCUUUGUGAGCUAAAGAUGGUGACAGUAAUGCCCCGUUACCUCUUUGUUAUUGCCCUGCCAAAUCCAACAGUUGCCUAAAUAAAUGUCGUUCUGAGACAAUAAAGCUUUAUCAGACAUGAAUAUAAUCCUUGAAUUAAAAAAAAGUCUUCCAAAAGUUAUAUGUAGAGAAACGUGCUUCCCGAGGACACCAAGCCUUGGUCACAAUUUGCAGUUUACGAGACUCAAUCUGAGUUUAACAUUAAAUUGUCUGUUAAACGUGUCUCUUCAGUCAAACAUCAUUCUCCCCGGCCUCAGAAGCAUUCGCCUGUGCCGAUCUAAUCGACUUUACACGACUGAGAACCGAGGUGUUCACAGGAGGUUUCUUUCAGUCGCCGUCGGCCGAAGCUCGCAGAUGAAAAAACACUCAUCCGAAGUCUCAUUUGAAGACUCUUCUGAAACGAGGGGCCUUUCAAGGGGGUGGGGAUGCUGGGCUGCUUUCGGUACAGCAAGCUUCAAUCAUUUUGAUCACUGGUUCUCUUCGCUGGGGCUGGUAGCACUUUCUGUUUGAUAAAGAAAAAAUAAUAUGAAGAUUCUGUUUGUUUUUUUGUUUUUCUUAAUCUUGAGCUGAUCACACUGCUUGAUGGCAUUUUUUAUAUAUAAAAAAUAUAGUUCUGUUUCUUGUCAUGUACAGUUAAUGGUUUGCACAAGUGUCAUUGUGGGCAUGAACAUGGAGGAGGCACUUUGCUGUGUGAAGGAGAGGAGCUGUUUUGAUUUUAGUUUUCUCUGUGUUCUCUGAUCAGAUGUUGGUGUUUGAGUUGAAACGGGCGAGAAGAUUCAGAGGUGCCUUUUUGGUUUGGUGUGUUUUCUCUUCUAUUUAUGUCUCGUUUUUAUUUCUUUCCUAUGUCUUUCCAGGGGGAGCUUAAUCACAUGGAUGAAAAUAUGCUCUGGGUGGAACAUAUUUGUUUUCGAUUAAGCAGUGAACCUCUUAACUCACUACGUUUGAGUUACGCUGUCCAAGAAUCUUGUUUAUUCACAGCUGAUCAGUUGCCAUUGUGAGCGGAGUGACUUUUUCAGUUUUGCCAGCACGUGUGAAGUUUUGAGCUGCGAACCUUUUGCUGCAGAGUCGAUCUGUUACUGUGAAAAGUCCACAUAUUGUUAAAGGAGAAAACAAAAAAGAAGCUUAAUCAGCAAGGAUUAAAACUCUACUGUGCUGUUUUUCAUUUUCUAUAAAAGUAAAGUAAAAUUUCGAAUUUAUUUCCUAAUCAAUAUUUGAUGUGCAUUAACAUGAGGAAUAAAUAAAUACGUCUUUUAAUUCGGACGUUUAUUAGUAAAUUUCAAACUGAAAUAAAGGCAGUAGGGUUGUAGGGUGACUAACAAUUAUAAACUUGUAAUGUGCCAUUUUCCUGUUUUUCCCAUGUGGCAUAAAAAAAUAAAAUCCUUGUUCUUUCUUUUGGGUGAAAAAUAAACAACACCAGCUAUUUUGGAUGUUUAAAAGUUGUGACGGUAUUUAUAUGACAUUAGAAUAUGACUCAUAGAGCUGUACACCAGGCUUGAGCUCUUUCUUAGUUUUUGUUCUUUUUCCCAGUUCUACGGCUCAAACAAUAAAAAAGCACGUUCAAGCAAA